GCUCUGCAUAGUCUUCAUAAUUAUUCCCACAACAUGAAAACAAAUCAGGCCAUGAAUUUUCGCGUUCGAUUGACCAGGUUGCGGAAGCGUAGACCCCACAAUUAAAUGCUCGCCCACGUGCAAAACCCAUCUGCCAAGCCGCGUUAAAUCCUCUCAUGCUCUGCCGACACGUCAGUCGAUUUCCUUCGCCGCCGAUUCGGACUUCUCGGCCCAGCGUCACCUGGCCACGGAGAGCUUUGUACUCGUCGUCUUCUGUGACUCUCAAACGUUACACCAAAAUGGAAAUUAAACCACCCGUGUUCGAGCCCUUGCAGGAUGCGCAUGCACCCAACACCUGCCAGUCCACUGUGCGGACGCACAGAGGAGACUUCCUGGUACAAGUGGCAUGGCCUCUCAAAUGGAACGAGGACCGAACCCCUCCUGAGGACGAAAAGAUCACUGCCAAGGAUAUACCAUCAAUCUACCUCACUGAUGGAAAUGCCUACUUCUCCACCACUGUGGACGUAGUCCGCCGCCUUGAGUACACCCACAACGCCCGUUGCAUAGUCGUGGGCAUUGGCUACCCCAUGCCGCCAGCCCGCGCCGUUUACGACUUCCGGCGCGGGCCAGACCUGACGCCGCCCUCGCGCGACGGCACGUACGACGCGCCCCUGGACCGCAACGGGAAGCCCCGCACGGAUAUCAAGUUCGGCGAGGCGGAUGACUUCCUGGACUUUAUCCGGGAGGACGUGAUGAAGCACUACGUGCAGGGCGUCCUCUUCCCGCACCUCGAGGGCCGGUGGGGCCGCAAGGCGCUGCUGGGCCACAGCUACGGCGGGAUCUUCACGCUCAACGCGCUCUACACCCACCCGGAAACGUGGGACACGUACUUGGCCGCGAGCGCGGACGUCGAGUUCAACAAAUGCAAGUUUGUGAGCGAGCAGGAGGCGUCGUUCCGCGCCCGAAAGCUCGACUUCAGCCCACCGCCGGCGCUGCUCGUUACUUAUGGCGAGGAGGCGCAGGACAUGGUACGGCGGCCUGGGGAGACGGAUGCGCGGUUCGAUAAGAGGCAGCGGUGUGCUGAGCUUCCAGGCAUCCGGAAGGCGGUGGAGGGGCUGGUACAGAGGUUCGAGGGCCAUCCGAACCUGAGGGCACUGGAGGUAAGGUCGUUUCUGGGGGAAGAUCAUGGCUCGGCUGCGCUCCCGGGAUUCCAGCACGGCGUCAUGGAAUUCUUGACCGGAGACUUGUAAUUCGGCACAUGAUCAUGGAAGGAGGCCAUUCUGAGAAGCACAGGUUUAUUCACCUCAAUGUUGAUUGCUGCAAGUCUGUAGACAUUAGAUACACUAAUAACGCCGUUGCUACGAGGCGCAAGCCUAUCCAAAUUCACACUGACUUUAAAUUGAA